GAUUCAUCAGCUGCCAAGGCAAAAAACUUAUGGGAGUAGAGAAAUUCCAUGGACGUUACUGUGUACUGUAUUAAAAUCGCCCGUUUGAGAUAAAUUUGUAGUGUUUCAACUCGGCGCACUACGCUCAGAAUCGUCCGUUCGAUAGCGGUUCCCAAAAUUUGGUCUCUCAUCUAAGCACGACUAAAAGUUAAGUCAGCCUUUCAAGCCAUGGAACAUGUUACGGCGACUUCACCUAAUUGGGUGGUAGAGUCAGAGAGUCAGAAUUCUGGAAAUGCACAAGAGGUAGAACAAACAGGUCCUAAAUUAGAAGUUAAAGAACAGCCCCGCCCAGAGCACCUUGAAUCUGGCAAUUCCUCUCCUAGAGAGCCAAUUGUUGAAAAGGGUGAUAGAGAGAUGGCAGAAAACAUAGAAGCAAAUGGUGCUAAUAAUGAACAAUCAACAGAAAAGCCUUUCAACAAUGAAGAUAGAGAAGGAAGUGUUGAAAAAAACCUGUUCAUGACAGUCGAUGGAGAAGGAGAUGUUGGAAAUGAUAGUAUGACGUCUGCAGAGAACCAGUCUACUGACAAAAUUGAACCAGAAAAAGUCUCUGAACAAGAAAUCUUCAUGACUGAAAAUGAAAACUCGCCAGCAGAGCACAAUAAGAAAACCAAAGAAAAAACCGUUGAAAAGAGUCAGUUGAAAGCAGAAGAUGAGAAUAAUGACAAGGUGUGUAUUGAUCAAUUUGAAGAAAAAAAUGUAGAUCACAAAGAAGAGACUGAAGAUGAACCAAACCUGGUUGAAAUGGAACCAUCAGCUGGCAUGGAGAUUGGCCACCAGGAAGCCAGGGGAAAACCUGAAGAGAAUGUGACAGCAAAAGUAGAUGCUAAAGACACAACAUCAGCUGGCCUACAGGAAGAAACUCAAAUACAAAGAAUCAACUUGGCAGAAGAUGCAUCAACACCUGUCAAACAGAUUGCUCAUCAGGAGACAGACGAAAAACGUGAAGGGAAUUUUAUGGGAAAUGAAGAUGGGAAUGGUGAUGAUGGCAAUGAUGGCAGAGCAUGCACUGGCCAACACGAAGUGCAUAUGGCUGAGCAGAACAAAAUUUCUAAAGAAGAAACCCACCAGGAAGCCAGUGGAAAACCUGAAGAGAAUGUGACAGCAAAAGUAGAUGCUGAUGACACAGCAUCACCUGGCCAACAGGAAGAAACUCCAAACAAAGAAAAAUGUGAAGGGAAUGUUAUGGGAAAUGAAGAUGGGAAUGGUGAUGAUGGCAAUGAUGGCAGAGCAUUCACUGGCCAACACGAAGUACAUAUGGCUGAGCAGGACAAAACUUCUAAAGAAGAAACCCACAUGGUUGAAAGUGAACAGCCGACCGAAGACCAGACAAACUAUGAAGAAGAAAUAGAAGACAUCGAACAGAAGUUAUCAGAACUAUCAUUCCAGGAAACUCAGCAGGGAGGAGACGAUGCCCACCCCGCCACAGAAAGUAAAGAAGAAGUAUCCGAACAGUACCCGGAAGAACAGAAAAAUAUUCCAUUCCAUGAAACUUGUAAUAAUGGAGACCGUGAAACAGUUAAAGAUAUUGUUUUGGAGAAGCAUGACCAGCCAACCCAAGUAAUAGAGGCAGCAUCGGAAGUAGAAAAGGUUUCUGAUAUUCAUGCUGAAAAACGACAAGAAAAUCCCAUUCCUGAGAAUGAGAUUACUACUACAGCCCCAUGUUCCACCGCAACGGAUGUCGAGAAAGAUAUUGAAAAAGAACCAACGAUUUCCUCAAAUGUAGAUGUAGAUAAAGAAGGUAAACAUAUCAAUCAACCUACAGAACCCCACGAGAUAAGAGAAGAAGAGAUAGUGGAAAAAGCUACAAGCGACGAGCUGGGUCAGUCCUGCAAUCCGGUAGAAGAGGCUAUCUAUUCAGAAAUUGUGACGCCGACUGAAACGGUAGAUCCACCAGUUAACCAUGAUAUCGAAGUAGGAAGUCCCACACCCCUAUCAAAACUACCUAUUGCUACCACGUCGCCUUCCGCUAAAAUGAAUACCACUCCGCCUGGUGAUAUGCUUCAUCAUAUCAAAAACAUACAGUUUAAAGACAAGAACGUAGGCAUUGUAACCCAAAACGAGAACGGUCCUUGCCCGCUGGUUGCAAUCAUCAAUGUUUUGCUGCUACGACGCCAGAUCACGCUUCCACCUCAUUCCGAAAUCGUUGCUGCCGCAAAACUGAUGGAGCAUAUUGGUGACGCAAUGUUGGAAAGUGUUCCCAAGAACUUGAGUGGUGAGGUACGGCUUAAUUAUGAACAGAACAUGCAUGACGCCAUGGCUGUCUUGCCAAAGCUGCAGACCGGUUUGGAUGUCAAUGUCAAGUUUACUGGCGUUCGUGACUUCGAGUACACGCCCGAAUGCAUCAUUUUUGAUUUGCUUCGUGUUCCACUGUUUCACGGUUGGCUAGUCGAUCCUCAGACACCAGAAGUAGUCUCGGCUGUCGGUCAAGCUGGAUAUAAUCAGUUGGUGGAAAAAGUCAUCAGUCAAAAGUGUUCCAACGACGAGAAUGCUGUACUUGAAGCGUUGGUCAUUGAAAACUUUUUGGAGCGGAGUGCCUCUCAACUGACCUAUCACGGGCUAAGCGAGCUUACUACCUCCAUGGAGGAAGAUGAAAUUGGUGUUCUGUUUCGCAACAAUCACUUUAGCACUAUUUACAAACACCAAAAGGAGUUGUUGCAGCUAGUUACAGACCAAGGAUUUCUCGGUGAACCCAGUGUCGUAUGGGAAACUCUAGGUAGCAUCGAUGGAGAUGGUCAGUUUGUUGAUAGUCAUUUCCGCACAGUACCACCAAAACCUGAACUCGCAACAAGCGGCGAAUCAGCCUCACCGAAUACUUCUGCUCAACUGACCGCCGAGCAACAGAUUGACCAUGAUUUCUUAGUGGCCUUGUCCCUGCAAGAGGAGCAGCAACAAGAGCAGCCAGCAGCUGUUCAUGAAGAAGUCGUAGGGGAUGUAGGAGAGGAUGUUGCUAAAACUUUAGCUGAAAAUGAAAGGACCUCCCAGGAGCAGAGAGAUUUAGAGUUGGCUCGUCAGUUGCAGUUAGAAGAGAGGCAUGCGGCCGAGGCUGAGACAGCCGAAAUGGAAACUGCAGCAACUUCCUCGCAACAGUCACCAGCUGCAGGUCAGCGCUCGCCGCCGCCUCAGCCAUCAAAAAAGAAAGAUUGCACUAUCUUGUGAUUAUCUCGUGAUGGAGUGGAAUCGUCUUGAAACGCCCAAUGAUAUAUUUUUUUCGCUACGAAGAUAAAAGAACAUAAAAUU